CUCCCACCGUGUAGGCAGCCUCCUCCUGACUGCAGUCACAACUGCUCGGCACCGUGUCGACCGCACUCUGACGUCCCCGGCUCUGCGUGAGUCAAGACGCAACAGGGGGAAAUCCCCACGGCAGAGAGAGAAAGAAAGAAAGAGAGCUGACGGGAGGUCCCUUUAAAUCCACGCACUCCUUCCCUCUUUGGUGAGGUGCCAGGAACAGCGGAGAGAGGCAGAGAAACAGGGAGCGACAACAACAACAACAACGCGGCGGCGGCUCAUUUGGACGGAUUCAGCCGCGACUUUCCCACACAUUUGUGGCGUGUUUCUCUUUGUUUUUUCGUGUGUGUUUUUGUGUGCUUCUACACGUUUCGGCGUUGAGAGCCACUCCGGAAGUGAGAGUCCUCGCUGCGACGCCACAGCUACGCCCGGGUCUGCGCUGACACCUAGCGGCCGCUCGGCAGAACUGCAGCAUGUACGGAGCGUCAGGAAUCCCCGAGCUGAUCCCGCACAGCGGGCCGCCGCGGCAGCCCGGCCCGGCGGGCCAGUUCAACCCGGGUCACCCGCAGGGGGACGGGCACGGCGGCGGCCAGAACCCCCAGCGGCUCGGCCAGAGGGCUCCGAAGCUGGGGCAGAUCGGCCGGACCAAAAAAGUGGACCUGGACGAUGAAGACCUGGACGACCUCAUGAACAACAACGGCCAGUGCCCCGUCUCCCUGUCGCCCAUCUCCUAACUUCUCAAAGAAGCGGCAUAACACCCCCCCACCCAGAGACGCCCUCCUCAUCAGCGCUCCUGGUCCUAAGCGUCCUCACGGAGCUCCUGGUGGCCCAGCAGGGCUCCAAACCGGCUCAUUUAGUGCCGGCUGAAGCCCCCCACCCCCACCCCUCCCCUCCAGGAGGAGGGGUACCCUGAUUGUAAAUAGUGUCUAUUUAAGUGCUCUCAGACUGUGAAUGAAUCGUACCGCGUCUCUCUCUCUCUCUGUACCUCUGUAGUUCAUGGGCUGUCAGGACUCGAAGGGUAUUUUUUUUUUUUUCCCGUAAAGGGCUACACUGCUGCCGAUGGGCCGGGCGUGGCCGACGAGCGUUACCGACUGUUCUCCGGGUUUGUCGUGUGAAGGAGCCGGUUAAUGUGUGAGAGAACGUAAGUUCUGGUGGCGCAACGAGCGAACGGCAUGACUACGCCGACCCCCGGGCGGACGCUCGCUAUUUAAGCUAAAGGAAAACGACUACUGCAAAUUAUUUAUUGUUCAAAGAAACGUGUGUAUAUAUCUUUUGUUUUUGUCAUUGUUGUUGUGGCUUCUACUUGUUUUCUACUUGGAGAUUUAUGCCGUUUCCAAACGGUGCACUUUGUGGGAAUGCCUGUCAUGUGCCGCGACGCUGCGCAGGAACCCGUGCAUGAGGUCUGCGCCCGAACUGCUGUCCUGUGACCUAAGGGCUACGGAGUAGUUUUCCUAAACCAAAACACUGUUGUUGUUUUUAUUUUAUUUUUGCAGAGCUAGCUGCUGACUCAGCAAGAGAAAAAAAAAGUCACGAACAGCAAAUCUUUAUGCACUUUCUUUCUUUCUUUUUUUUUUUUUUUUGUUAUUUCUCAAGACAAAAUGCCAGAGAGUAUAAAUCAGAUUUGUAUCUAAGCAUCUUCUGAUCCGCAUGCACGUGAUUCUCAAGCUGGCCUGUUUAUGUCGAUGAAGUCGUUUGUUUUUUGUUUUUUUGUUACAGCAUCUUUCAAAGUCAGACAAGCUAUUUUAAAGGUUAGAAUUACAGCGUGAGGUCAUAAGAGACGGGCGGCUCUGAUUGGCUGUCGCUGUUGUUGAGGGUUUCGUAAAGGUGGCGGUGGAAUUAGGAGGAAAUUGACCGCUUUUAAAGGCCGCGUCUCACUCAGCGGGCGCGGUUGUCUUUGCCUUUUUGCAUGAAAGUGAUCAACUUUUUAUGAUGCAUCUCUUGAAAAUAAAACUAUGAAACUGCA